GACGGACAAACACCUCCAUCUUCUGCUACGAAUUGAAAUUUCACAAAUGUGACGGUUGACAGUCUGACAUCCCAUUUCGUUCCCAAGUGACACCCUGACUUAUCUGUUUUUUUCUCAGAAUUCACACUUAUCCUAAACAAACCAACCAUUUAUUAAUCUCUGUUUUAGUAUUAGUAUAUAUAAAGUAAAAAUAGCAAAUUCGUUGCAGCACAAAAGGCCGAGAACCACGGGUCUAUUGUAUAUAUAAGGUAGAACAAACAAAAUUCUAAUAAGUUGCUAGCAAAAAUGGAGGUGACCAGUUCUAAAAUUGAUAACAAAGACACAAUCCCUAGUCCAGUGACUGCGAAUUCGCGGUUUUUUAUUGUGAAUCACGAAGCUGGAGGAAUUUUGGACCUCCUACGUUUCCUCGUAUCGGGUAACAAACAAAGCGGUCAAAAAUUUCUUCGGUAUUCCGACGGCGAUGCGUUGGAAGAGUCGCGACGUGCCGAUGAUAGUGGCGGUGGUGGAGAGGGUCCUGAUCAUAGAUGGGUUAUAUUUGUGUCCGUUAUAGUGCGGAAAUUAAUCGCCAUUUUCGGUAAACCCAUGGAGUGGUUUGGGUAUCUCGUCGAGUUCAUUCUCAACCUUCUAUCUCUCAAUGGCAACUUUUUUGGCCUUUUCUACAAUAUCUUGCAUGGAAAGGUGGUGAUGCCACAGAGAGGGUCAGAAACGUUUAUAAGUGCUAUUGGGCAUUUAGAUGGGCGUAUAAACUUAUACAAGAGUGAGACAUUAACCAAGGAAAUUGGAGAGCCUGAUUUCUGGCAGAAAAAUAUUCAACUUGGAAUAGGACACAGAGCCCUUAUGGACCUCUGUAUGAUGGCUUCAAAGUUGGCCUACGAGAAUGCAAAGGUCGUUCAGAAUGUCAUUAAUAUUCACUGGAAGAUGCAUUUUGUGGAUUUCUACAAUUGCUGGAAUGAUUUCGAGAAAGAGAUGUCCACCCAGGUUUUUAUACUGUGCGAUAAACCAAAAGAUGCAAACUUGAUAGUCAUUAGCUUCAGGGGCACAGAGCCUUUUGAUGCUGAUGACUGGAUCACUGAUUUUGACUACUCUUGGUACGAGAUUCCAAAACUUGGCAAAGUACACAUGGGAUUCUUGGAAGCCUUAGGUUUAGGGAGCAGAGCUAAAGCCUCUACGUUUCAUGAACAACUGUUCAUGAAUAAUCAGAAGUUCACCAAGUUAGAGAAUGAUGCAACUAUUGCUCCUUCAGAAAGUUCUGAAUCUUCUACCAUAUUCAGUGAUUCUGAUGCACAGAGUGUGUCAGACCAGUCUUCUGACUCAGAACGGCCUGCUGAUACCGGCUCGAAGAAGUUCAAACUAGAUAUGCCAGAGAGGACCGCAUACUAUGUUGUCAGAAGUAAACUCAAAAGGUUACUCAAAGAGCACAAGAAUGCAAAGUUUGUUUUUACAGGCCAUAGCUUGGGUGGAGCAUUAGCUAUAUUAUUCCCGGCAGUCCUAGUACUGCAUGAGGAGAUGAAUGUCAUGGAACGAUUAUUGGGAAUAUAUACAUAUGGGCAGCCAAGGGUUGGGAACAGAGAGUUAGGUAGGUUCAUGGAAGCCCAUUUGGAACAUCCAGUCCCAAAGUACUUCAGAGUUGUUUAUUCCAAUGAUCUUGUGCCAAGAUUACCUUAUGAUAAUAAAACAUUCCUGUAUAAACACUUUGGGAUUUGCCAGUACUACAACAGCUUAUACGUUGAGCAGAACGUCGAUGAAGAGCCAAACAGAAACUAUUUUGGGCUGCGAUUUUUGAUACCUCUGUAUCUGAAUGCUUGGUGGGAGCUAAUCAGAAGCUUUACAAUGGGUCACAUGUACGGAUCUGAGUAUGAGGAGUGCUGGGAAUCAGUCUUGCUUCGUGUGCUAGGACUUUACCUUCCUGGUAUUUCUGCUCACAGCCCAGUUGAUUAUAUCAACUCGGUCAGACUUGGAAGGGAGAGAAGUACCCAAAUGUCGUCUUUGUAGAAAUAUUGAUCAUGCAUUUCCUAUCAUAAGUAGGGAUCCAGUUUAGUUUUUGAAAGUUGUUUUGGAGUUCGUUUAUCGAAAGUAAACUUGUUGCAGCUUUUUGUUUAUGAGUUCGUCAGUGUUUUUUAUCUUCAAAUAAGACUUUCCUUUGUAGAAUAUGAGCUGUUAUUAUACAUUAAAGAGUGGAUUUGGAUAAGAUAUUGGACACCGGAGGUUCCUC